AUGGCUUCAAAACAAAUGUUUUCAUACCUUACUCCAACCUAUGUAAAACUAUACAAUUAAAAUCAUUUUGUGUUGCAAGAUUGAUGUAAAUGCUAAAUUAGCUUUAUUGAAAGAACUUAACAACAAAUGUGAUAAAAAAAACAUUACAAAACAUAUAUUACCUCAAAACGUAUAUUACCAUAAGGAAAGUUAACCUUCAAAACAGCGUGAUUAUUCAAAUUGCACGUUCGUUGCUUAAAAAUAGCAAUUUCUAGCGGAUGCUACGCAUUAUUCUAGAAAGUUUUGUCAAGAAACGUCGUUACGUAGAGGUUAAAAACUUAUGAUACACUGGUGUUCAACGAACAACACAUUUAAAGUGUUUAUUGAUUAUUGAGGUACUUAUUGAAACUUCACUCAUCUACAUUCUUUCAAUGAUCAAAUAACGUGUACAAUCGCAGAGCAACUUUCAUACGGCUACAAAUUUGACAGAAAUUAACCUCUCUGUCAAUUGCAAUAUCGAUAAUUAAUCCAGUGGAAUAUCGAUACAUAAUCGAUAAUUCGAGAUGACUCGCCGACUAGAAAUUUUAAAACAUAAAGCGGGAAAAUUUUUGCUCGCGCAAACAGCUUCUUUCAUUAUAAUUAUAAUUAUUCCGAUAUACGAUAAGUAAACUUACAUCUUGCGAAACUUUAUUUAAAGUAUACUUCAAGGAACGUUCAGCGACCAACGACAAAUGAAAUUAAAAUGUCAUACCAAAAUGAUUAUACGGAUCACAUAGAUUCCUAAAAUAACGACUAAUAAUGCAAUAAAGUUUGAAACUCAUUUGAAUAAGCGCCGAAGAUUUACCCUGCCCUCUGUAAUAUAAGCAAGCACACAUAUAUAGCCGAUCAUUGGUGGGGUCACGCGGAAUAUACGUGUUUAACAAGGGACAUCAUUCGGUAGUUAGUAACACAUGUGCAGUCAUGAACAUCAGCUUCGAAGGGAAACGUAUUCUCGUGACCGGAGCUGGACGAGGCAUCGGCAAGGAGUUGGCUCUUCGUCUCUCCAACUAUGGAGGUCACGUAGUCGCGCUAUCGAAGACGAGGCGAAACCUCGAGGAACUGCACGCGGAGGAUCCUCGCAUUCAGGUUGCCUGCGUCGAUCUUAACGACUGGGACGCCACGAGGAAUGCGGUGGAAAGCGUGCUACCGAUUGAUCUUCUGGUGAACAACGCCGGUGUCGCGCGCCUUAACUCUUUCCUCGACAUCACGGAGCAGGACUUCGACGUGACAUUCGCUGUAAACGUAAAGUCGAUAUUGAAUGUCUCCCAGGUGGUCGCUAGAUCUCUGAUCGAGAGGAAAGUGGGCGGCAGUAUCGUUAAUCUUUCCUCGCAAGCUAGCCAGGCAGCGUUAAUGGAUCAUACCGUCUAUUGCGCUUCCAAAGGCGCAGUGGACAUGCUAUCCAAAACAAUGGCCCUGGAACUUGGCCCGCACAAUAUACGAGUGAACACGGUAAACCCUACAGUGAUCAUGACAGAAAUGGGGAAGAUAGGCUGGAGCGACCCGAACAAAGCGCGAACCAUGCUAAGCAAAAUACCACUGGGUCGAUUCGGAGAAGUGUCCGAGGUGGUUGACGCGGUGGUCUAUUUGUUGAGCGAUCGUAGCUCGAUGAUCAACGGAGUCACGUUGCCGGUGGAUGGUGGCUUUUUGGCCAUAGAAGAGAUCUGGUUAAAAAGAAAGAAAGAAGAGGACAGUGAGAGGAGGAUACUGGAAAGUAUCUGGACUCGAGAUAAAGUAAUGAAAGAAGAGAAGAAAGGCAAGCAAAUGGUUACUCUCGUUUAUCUCGUUUAAUUUAAAAAACGCUUCGUUUCUUCUUUAUUUAUUAUUUAACUAGAAUUUGGCGAGCAGACGCAGGGAACGCGGUGAAACG